AGCGAUACUAGAGAGAGGGUUCAGGGAUAAGCUGAGGUGAAAGCAGACCAGAGAAGUGUGUGCUGUGCAGGGAUGAAUGAUUAAAACUCAAAUCAAAUUACAAAAGUGCUUAAAGGACUAAGGUACUGGUGUUUGAAGUUAACUCGUUUUAAAUUCUGUAUUUUUCCCAUUUAAGUACGUUAAUUUACUCUUCAAGGCAUCGUUCCAGUGGUCUGAGACAAAACAAGGUCAGAAAUUAAUGUGCCACCUUCAAAAGCUGCUGUUAAAUGCAGGUGUAAAGUGGUAUGGUGUAACAUUGCUUUUGCCUUUAAUUAAUUUCACCUUUUUUCUACUCUCCUCCAGGUGAAAUUGCUGUAAUACCCAUUAUGUAUGAGCCUCGAUACUACGAUAGCCCCCCUGUGUACAGCCCACCUUACAGCACCACCUCGCACAGCUUCUAUCCCCCAAGGAGCGUUCACUCCCCUCAGAGCCAGUAUGUCCCCCAAACCCACAGCCUUCAUCCAGACCCCUGCUACAUAGAGGAGAAGCCUCAACACUUCUAUCGCUGGUUUUCUCCUCCUGGUUUCGUCAAAACAUUUCAGGGAGCCACGGCACUCAUGUGUUUCAUCAUAUUUGCCUGUGUGACUUCAACUUUGGUGUGGGACAUGAAUGGUUUUGGGUAUGGGGGCUACAGUAUGGGGGCUACAGGGGGUGUUGCUUUGACAGGGUCAGGCUAUUAUGGAGGCAGCUACGGUUACAGCAGUUCCUACAUGACGCCACUGUCUGCCAAAGCAGCUCUGAUCUCCAUGGCAGCCAUCAACUUCUUGGUUUCAAUGGGGUUCUUGGUGGGGGGUUUCUCACGGUCACGGUUCACGAGGAGAUGCAGUUUUUACCUCACUGUCCUCGUCUGUGAUAUCAUCUUAGCUGUCCUUCAGGGCAUCAUCGACAUUAUCUUUGUGAUCGGGGUGAACCCGAUGGCUCAGAGCUCACAGAGCAUGCUGUACAACCCCAUGCUGAUGAUGUGCCAGAACAUCCAGGGCAGCCCCAGCCUCAGCGGUAGCGUGGGGGCUGGUUUUCCAGGGGGGUUCCCCAUGUAUAAUCAAUACCUGCACCAUUACUGCUACAUGGACCCAGAAGAGGCAUUAGCAUUAGUGUUGGGUUUGAUGGUGGUGUUGGCCCUCUCCCUUUCGGCUUACUACGCCUACAAGACCCGGAGCAAGAUUUGGCACCAUGGUAAAGUGAACAUCUACUGGGAUGAGCCGCAGGUCAGGCCGUCAGAGCAGCAAGACCUGCAGAACUGGGUGAACCAUGUUGGAGAGGUGCGCAGCACCCAGCAGACUGUCGUAUCAGAAAGAGCAGCACCGGACCUCAGGGUGGAGAACAACGUCGUCUCCCAUGGCAACAGGACAGUCAGCAUCCACAGUGAGGGAAAUUAUAAAAGCAACAGUUUUUCUGCUGAUGGCAUUAAUUGUCACAGUGCUGAGCCACUGCAGAGGAACAGUAGGGCUGCAGGUUGCUCCAGCAGCUCCUCAGAUGAUGCAGACACCAUCCAGAAACCUCCUUCUUAUUAUGUGGAGAGGGAACAGAGGCAGGAUAGAGAUCCCCAGGCUAUGGUUCAGGAGAGGAUGGAGUCCCAGUAUGAAACUGGCUACACCACUGAAGACACUGGCAACGAGCUGGACAGGGAUCAUACAGACUAUCUUUACAGGCUGUACCCAGUGAUAAGUUCAGACAAGCAGCGGCAGCAGUACAAGAAGGAGUUUGACUCUGAUCUGGCUUGUUAUAAGAAUCUCUGUGCCGAAAUGGAUGACAUCAGCGACCAGCUGCACAAGCUGAGCCGAGAACUGGACAUGUUGGACGAGGGCUCUAAGAAGUACCAGGGUGUGGCAGAGGAAUACAACCGACUGAAAGACCUCAAAAGGAAGUCAGACUAUCAAGCAAAGAAGCAGCAGAGCAAAGAACUUCGGCAAAAGCUUUUCCACAUCAAACGGUUGGUGAGAAUCUAUGACCAAGGUCUUUGUUAGUGUGACUUCAUAAUCUGUCUAAACACUGGCUGGGUGUGACCUGGCUAAAGAAACAAAGAUUUACCCUCCAUGUUCUUUCAGGUUUACUGCUUUGCUGUUAGAAUUGUAACUGUUCAGCCCAUACUAACACAACCUUUAUACUGACCUUGGUCACUGAACCUGUUUUUUUUUACCUUUGUCUAGUUUUUGAAUUACUCUUGCAGCUGUCAGAAUAAACUAUCUAGUGAUUGACUUUGCUCUGUGUGGGUGUAGUCCACUUUUAACUGGUUGACACCAGGCAGUGUUGUA